AUGUCAACUACUACUAACAUUCACUAUUUCAGUUUCUUUUGGGAGCAGAAUGCCCUGGAACUACUUAUUCGCUACAUCGAGCGCCAUCAGGACCGCCUCAUCUGCAUUCAACUUCUUCAAACUCUAAACAUCCUCUUUGAGAACCUCACAAACAACCGUGCAAUCUAUUACCUUCUUUCACAAAACCACACCAAUGGUAUAAUUCUGCAUGAUUUUGACUUUACUGACGAGGAGAUAAUUGGCUACUAUAUUGCCUUCCUGAAAUCCCUCACUUUCCGUAUGAAUGAAGACACUAUUAACUUCUUCUACGACGAGGCUCAUUGGAGCUUUCCGGUCUACCAGAGGGCCUUACGGUUUUUUAACCACGCGGAGAAUAUGGUCCGUAUUGCUGUACGAACAAUAACGCUCAACAUUUUUAAGGGUGUGUUUUUACAUUCUUGUGCGCGAAUGCCGUCAGAUCAUAUCUGGGUUUUGCUCUAG